GCGGAGCCGGCAUCACGCCGAUUUUCAGCAUAAUUUUAUUUGCAGCCAUCUAUUCAGCAGCCAUCAUUCUACCCGGUUGGUCAAACAUAGUGGUGAAGCCUAGUGCAAGUGAAAACGUGUGACUUAAAAUAUCUGUUUGAUCAAUCAAUCAAGUACUGUAGUCAGUUUUCUGUAUUCAGCUCAUCAAUUUGUUUCAAAAUGUCGGAAGAAAAAAAGGACUCUAAAGGAUCCGAAUCGGAGCACAUUAACCUGAAGGUUUUGGGACAGGACAACGCCGUGGUGCAGUUUAAAAUCAAGAAGCAUACUCCCCUACGGAAACUGAUGAACGCCUAUUGCGAUCGAGCGGGUUUGUCCAUGCAGGUUGUCCGAUUCCGUUUCGAUGGCCAGCCGAUCAACGAGAAUGAUACCCCGACGACGCUGGAAAUGGAGGAAGGAGAUACAAUCGAAGUAUACCAACAACAAACCGGCGGAAAGCUUUAUUUUUAAAUCUAUUUUAAUAGCGUGCAUAAGCAUCUAAUUAUCCAGUAACAAAAUACAUUUCCUGCUUAACUGUCAUUCAAGGUUUACAAUAUUUGAAAUGAUUUUAAGUUAUUUUUAUGCAUCGUAAGGAAAAAUAGUUACAAAAUGGAUGUAAUUUUUCUUUUUCCUACAAGUCAUGGAAUGAUAAAGACUCCCAUUCCUACGAUGUCAACCUGUAAUGAUCAAAUAAAGUAACAAUAACAUGGGUUAAAGCAAAUUAAAA